AUGAAGGAAGACGAAACGGAUGUCGAGAUCAUAGAGCACUGCACAGAGGCCCUUGGAAGCCAUGAAAGCCUCUAUAAGAAGAAGACACCGCUUGCAAAUGUUGAGGAAAAAGACCUGCAUUACUUCGAUUUCAUAGCUCAGAAUGAAUGGAGAAAGGCAGUUGCAGGGUUCUUUGGGUUUGGGGGUGCAGGAAAAACAUCUCUGAUCAGGCUGCUCGGAAGUAGGAGUGUUAUAAAAGGGGCUGGUCCGUGCCUCUCCACGGAGACCCGAUAUGAGAUGGAAAGAGGAUGUACAGUCCAUGUCCACCCAACCGUGGCCUUCCUGCAGAGAGAAAAUGGGGCCUCAUGUAUAAUAACUCUUCUGGACACUCCUGGGCAUUCAGAUCUAGCACCAGAGGCCCUUAGGAUACUUAGAUGCAUUGACAUUGCCAUCAUAGUUCUUGAUAUCUGCUGUGACUUGUCUCUUCAGCACGAGCUGAUUUUUGAUGCUGUUAAUUCCAGUGGUAAGCCGUCAAUCGUAGUCCUCAACAAAACUGAUCUGGUCGGAAAGGAGUCUAAAAGCCUUGCCGAGAGGAAGAUAGAACACCUCAGAGGUGUUGUUGAAGCAAGGGUGCAUCCUAGAGCGUGGUUUAUUUCGUCCUUUAAGUGUGGGAUGUUUAGCAGAAUGAAUGGAGACGUGUUUGAACCAUGCAGGGAGCCUGAGAGUGGGCUUAAUGAGCUAAUAGAGGAAAUGCUUUCCACGAAGUUGGCGGAACACAAACGUGAUGAUGAAGAAAGGUUAGAAGGGUUUUUGUGGGCAGGAGAGACAAUGCUGUCUAGCCUUGUACCAAGGGCUGAUGUCAAUGUGGGAUCUACAGCUAAGAUCAGUGGGGCUAAUUUAGUUGCUGAGAGGCUCUACAUUCCGUUUCCAGGGUGUCUUGUAGAGACCAGGGCUGCUAAGGCAAAUGUCGGGGUGCUAGUAAAGUUCCAAGAGACUCUCCUGCAGAGGAUUGCAUCUCUUGACACCCGAAGAGCCCCAGUGCCUACGAUUAAAAAGGUUUUGGAAGAGGAGAAACUAGUAUGUGCCAGCUCUGGGUUUCUUGAGAUGGGAGAUCCAGUUGUUAGGGUCCAGAUAGACCUCAGGGAUGAAGAAGGCUUCUUGAGUGAAGCUUGGAAGCUAGAGCUAAUAUACCGUGGGCUGAAAAUAGAUAAAAAGAACCUAUAUGGAAACGGAGAGCUGUUUAUGGAUGCCGUACUGUAUGACUUGAGGAAUGUCUUGAAUGUUGAAUUUCAAGUUUUGAGCGUUUCAGCAAAUCUCAAAGAAGCAUUCAGAGGCUCGUUUGUAGAGGAAGUGGAGACAGAAGAAGGGCUAAUAACGGUCAAAGGGGGGAAGCCUGCAGACGCUGAUCAAGAUUGCAAGCAGUCUGAAGAUAUAGAGGGAUGGAUAUUGAGUGAAGGCCUUCUCAUCGGAGAGCCUUUUUUCCAUUCAUAUCUGAGCAUAUCCCCUAAACCUUUGGAACUGGAUUCUGAAUGUCUUAGGAAAGUAAAGAGCUCUGUGGCCAGGCAUGCUGCGAUUCUGGAGCCUCUCUAUCUGGUUGAAGUGGUGUAUGCACCAGAAGCAGAGGAUCUUGUCAAUGAGAUAAUCACUUCCUCCUUUGGAGAAGUAAUUCGGCAAGGGACUUUUCCGUUUAGUAUACUAAGAAGCGUGCUGUGCUACAUUCCUGUUGCAGAAUCCUUUGGGUUUGAAACGGACCUUAGGAUCUACUCCUGCUCAAGGGCCGAUUGCACAAAGAUUCCAUUCUAUUGGAGCAUAGUGGCGGACAGGAGCAGAGAGUCCAGCCUGGUGAAAUUCAUGAGAAAAAUCAAGAGAUCUGUGCCGAAAAGCAACUGA